CCCACGUGUGACAUACAGGAGGAAUUGCACGUCGUGUGGUCUCACUGUACGCCAUGAAUUUAUAUAUAUAAACGCCAGUAAAUCUGAAUAAAGCCUCCGAAAUGUUGUUUGGAAAAGAAGUGCCAUGGCGGCGCCUGGAGGGCAUGUCGUUUGGCAUGUACUCCGCCGAAGAGAUAAGGAAGUUGAGUGUGAAGACCAUCACCAAUGCCAGGUUCCUUGAUGCCGUUGGAAAUGUGGCCACUAAUAGCUUGUAUGAUCUGGCCCUGGGACCAGCAGACUCCAAAGAGGUGUGUUCAACCUGCUCUCAGGAUUUCAACAACUGCCCGGGACACCUCGGGCACGUAGAGUUGCCUCUACCUGUGUACAACCCACUGUUCUUUGAUAAACUUUACCUGUUGAUCCGUGGUUCGUGUCUGACGUGUCACACGUUAACGUGUCCCCGAGCUGCCAUCCACCUGCUGCUGAACCAGCUCAAGUUAGUGGACCACGGAGCCAUGCAGGAGGUCUGUCAGAUAGAACAAGUCCUCAGCCAGCAUCUGGAGGAGAAUCCCAAAGCCACGGGCGACGAGAUUGAGAACGUGCUGAGGGAGUUUACAAACGCAGUGGUUGGAGUGAACACUGAUGGUUCAGCAAACCCCAAACCGAUCAAACAUCUGGUUGAAAUGAAGAGCAGUCUGAUCAAUGACUUCUGGAAGAUCCACAUGAAAGGCAGAAAGUGUCCUUACUGCAGGAGUGGCAAAUCAACAGUACGUCGUGAACACAACAGUAAGAUGAUCGUCACGAUGCCGGCUGGGGCGAAGAACCUCAGCCAAACGGAUGAGGAUCUGAUGGCUGGAAGGAGAGUCUUCCUCACCGCGAGUACAGCUAGAGAGCACAUCAACCAACUCUGGGAGAAAGAAGGUUUUUUCCUGAAGUGUCUGUUCUCUGGGCUGGAGGAGAGCGUGGCGUCAAAGGAUGGAGAGAACGGUUUCUAUCCAGACCUCUUCUUCCUGGAGCUGCUGGUGGUCCCACCGUGCAGGUAUCGUCCAAUCAAUCGACUGGGUGACCAGAUGUUCACCAACGGGCAGACGGUCAACAUGCAGGCUGUCAUGAAGGACUGCGGGAGCAUAAGAAAGCUUCUGGCUCUGAUAGCGGGGGAAGCGGGGGAGAAAACGACAGAGGAGGCAGAGGCUCCAGAACAGGCGGACCAGACUUUUCUGUCUGCGAUCCCGGGAGGGACCUUGACGGAUAAACUCUACAACAUGUGGAUCCGUCUGCAGAGCCACGUAAACAUCGUGUUCGACAGUGACAUGGACAAACUGAUGACAGAGAAAUACCCUGGAAUCAGACAGAUCCUGGAGAAGAAGGACGGGUUGUUUCGGAAACACAUGAUGGGAAAACGUGUGGACUAUGCGGCACGAUCUGUCAUCUGCCCAGACAUGUACAUAGGAACCAACGAGAUCGGGAUACCUAUGGUCUUUGCCACCAAGCUGACCUACCCCCAGCCAGUCACCCCGUGGAACGUGAAGGAGCUCCGCCAGGCCGUCCUCAACGGCCCCAACGUCCACCCCGGGGCGUCCAUGGUGAUCAACGAGGACGGCAGGAAAACCAUCCUGUCGCCGACCAACCUCGCGCAGAGGGAGGCGGUUGCCAAGCAACUGCUGACGCCCUGUUCAGGUCCUCAUAAGAUGCCCAUGAAGAUAGUUAAUCGUCACAUAAAGAAUGGAGACGUUCUGUUACUCAACAGACAGCCAACUCUGCACAGACCCUCCAUACAAGCCCACUCUGCACGCAUCUUACCAGGAGAGAAGGUGUUGAGGCUCCAUUAUGCCAACUGCAAGGCGUACAACGCUGACUUUGAUGGGGACGAAAUGAACGCUCACUUCCCUCAGAGUGAGCUGGGCAGAGCAGAGGCCUACACAUUAGUCAGCACCCACCAGCAGUACCUCGUCCCCAAGGAUGGUAAACCUUUAGCCGGUCUGAUCCAGGACCACAUGGUGUCAGGAACGAGGAUGACGAUACGAGGCUGUUUCUUCACCAAAGACCAGUACACGGAGCUGGUGUACAGGGGACUGACCGACAAACUGGGCAGAGUCAAGCUACUGCCGCCAGCCAUAUUCAAACCCCAGCCGCUCUGGACGGGAAAGCAGGUGGUCUCCACUCUUCUGCUGAAUGUUAUCCCAGAGAACGCUGUACCUCUCAACCUGGUUGGCAAAUCAAAAAUCCCCAGCAAGGCGUGGAUACAAGACCCACCACGAGCUGCUCCGGGAUAUUUUCCUGAUAAGAUGUGUGACUCACAGGUGGUGAUCCGUCAGGGCGAGCUCUUAGUCGGGGUCCUGGACAAAGCUCACUACGGCUCCUCGGCCUAUGGUCUGGUCCACUGCUGCUACGAGCUGUACGGAGGCGAGACCAGCGGCAAACUGCUCAGCUGCCUGGCUCGACUCUUCACGGCGUACCUCCAGCUGUACAGAGGCUUCACGUUGGGUGUGGAGGACAUCCUGGUGAAACCCGGCGCCAACAUGCGGAGGAAAAAAAUCAUCCAAGAGUCACUGAAGAUCGGCACCAAAGCCCUCCAGGCAGCGUUCAACCUGCCCUCCAAUGUUGACCAAGCUGAGGCUCGCAGUCGUUGGCAGGACGCUCACCUCAACCCAGACCAGAGGGACUUCAGCAUGGCCGACCACAAGUUCAAGGAAGUGGCCAACCAAGUGAACAACGACAUUAACAAGGUGUGUAUGCCACUCGGACUGCACACCUCGUUUCCAGACAACAACCUCCAGCUGAUGGUCCAGUCAGGAGCUAAGGGAUCUACUGUGAACACAAUGCAGAUCUCAUGUCUGCUCGGGCAGAUUGAGCUGGAGGGACGUAGGCCUCCGCUGAUGCCUUCUGGGAAAUUCUUGCCGUGCUUCCAGCCGUACGACCCAGCGCCUGGAGCCGGGGGCUUCGUUUCUGGAAGAUUCCUCACCGGCAUCAAACCACAGGAGUUUUUCUUUCACUGUAUGGCUGGCAGAGAGGGACUGGUCGACACAGCUGUGAAAACCUCUCGAUCAGGAUAUCUGCAGAGAUGUAUCAUAAAGCAUCUAGAGGGCUUGGUGGUGCAGUAUGAUCUGACGGUGAGGGACAGCGAUGGCUCUGUGGUCCAGUUCCUGUACGGUGAAGACGGACUGGACAUCCCAAAGACUCAGUUCCUGCAGCCGAGACAGUUCUCCUUCAUAGAAGACAAUUAUGAGGUCAUCAAGAGGUCCCAGGGUCUUGACGACGUUUUGGCGCGUUUGGACCCUCAGACCGCCAGUCGACACUUUGCAGCCAUCCAGCGCUGGAAGGCGAAGAGAGAGGUGGCAUGCCCACGCACAGGAGCCUUCUUGCUGUUUUCUCAGAAGAAGUUGGCUAAACUAAAACAGUCUGAGCCAGAAAGAGGAACCGAAAUACUGAAAGAGCUCGUCCAGCAGUGGCACUCCCUGGACGGAGCCGGCAGAUCAAAAUACAGCAAGAAGGCCUCGCGCUGUCCCGAGCCCUCGCUGGGCUUGUUUAGGCCGGAUGUCUGCUUUGGAUCUGUGUCAGAAAACUUUCACGGCAUCACAGAGAAAUACCUGGAGGGCCGAGGCAGUGAGAGUGAAGACGGCGUGGACACACACAGCCUUCGCCAGCUGCUGCAUUAUAAGUGGCAGCGUUCACUGUGUGAUCCCGGUGAGGCGGUGGGUCUGCUGGCCGCUCAGUCCAUUGGCGAGCCCUCCACCCAGAUGACCCUCAACACCUUCCACUUUGCCGGCAGAGGAGAGAUGAACGUAACUUUGGGAAUACCUCGACUGAGGGAAAUCCUGAUGGUGGCCAGCUCCAACAUUAAAACCCCCAUGAUGAGCAUCCCCGUGCUGAACAGCAAGAAGGCCUUGAAGAAAGCCAAGCUGCUUCGUAAAAAACUCGCCAGGGUGUGUCUGGCUGAGGUGCUGCAGAAGGUGGAUGUCUUGGAGACGCUACGGAUUGAAAAUCACCUAAAGCUGCGGGCGUUCAAAGUCACCUUUCACUUCCUGCCUGCCGCCCGCUACUGUGAUGAUAAUCUGUUGUCACCCACUCAGAUUCUAAACUACAUGGAAACUAGGUUUUUCCGUCUCCUCCUCGACGGCAUUAAGAAACGCACCGCCAAGCUGGCCUCCAUCGCCGUGGAGACGCGGAAGGCCACCCCCAGAGACAAGGACAACGAUGGGGAUGGAGCAGUGGACACAGCAGGGUUGGACGACGCGGAGGGAGAGGAGGAGAGGGAGAUCGUCGAUGGCCUGGCAGACGAAGGAGACGCAGACGCCUCGGAUGCCAAGCGAAAAGACAAACAGGAGGAGGAGGUCGACUAUGACAGCGAGGAUGAGGACGGAGGCGAUGAUGCAGAGGAAAAAGAAGAUCAGGAGGAGGUGGAGGACAACGAGAAGAACGAAGACAUGGACGAGGUGAAGGAGUCUCAGUCCGAGGUUGAGGGAGCGAGAGUGGAGAAAAAGAGGAAGAAACGAGGAAAGAGUCCGGCGGGAGAGGACACCUCGUUUCAGAUGAGAGUGAACGCUGUUCUGGCGUCAAACUCGGCGAUCGAGAGCUACUGCUACGAUCGCAAACAUGGACUGUGGUGCGAGAUCAAUCUGGUCUUGCCAGUGAGCAAGGUGCAUUUCGACCUGACCUCAGUCCUGUCGUCACUGGCCCAGAACGCGGUCAUCAUGGAAACCACAGGCCUGACACGCUGCCUGCUGAGUGAAGCCACGACGAAAAAAGGAGAAAAAGAAACCGUUCUCAACACUGAGGGCAUCAACAUGCAUGAAAUGUUCAAGUACAGUGAUAUUUUGGACAUCAACAGGCUCUACUCUAAUGAGGUCCAUGCCAUGGCCAAGACCUAUGGGAUAGAGGUGGCUCUGAAGGUCAUAGAGAAGGAGAUCAAAGAUGUCUUCGGCGUCUAUGGUAUCGAGGUUGACCCCAGACAUCUGUCUCUGGUAGCGGACUACAUGUGUUUCGAAGGUGUAUAUAAGCCACUGAACCGGCACGCCAUCAGGUCCAACUCCUCUCCUCUGCAGCAGAUGACCUUCGAGACCAGCUAUAAAUUCCUCAAACAGGCUACCAUGCUGGGGUCACACGAUCAACUGGUUUCCCCCUCAGCCUGCCUGGUGGUGGGGAAGGUGGUCAAAGGUGGAACGGGACUAUUUGAACUAAAACAACCUCUGCAGUAGGUUAGCGGUGACUGUGGUCACAUAUGAAUGUGACGUAGGAUUUUGAACUGAACUAUUGCAACAUGCGAGAGCACAUGGAUGUAUACAGACACACACAACACUUCCUAUCUCAGUUUCCUACACACUGAGCUCUCACGCUGUCAAUUUGAGAGUUAAUGCAAUUUAGUGGUAAUCGAGUGACUUGGAUUUUUCUCCGAGGAUGAGUGAAAUCGCUGUAUCAUACUGUGUAAAAGGAUGCAGAGUGGAGUGGGAGUUUCCUGCAAAGAAAUUCAAUGCAACACACAAAAAAUAAAAUGUUCAAUUAUUUUUUAUUUGUAUUUAAUAAUAAAAAAUUAAAAGAAAUGUGUAA